AGAGAAGGAACAACCAAACCUGAUCACAACGUGGAGUACUCAUUAGGCACAACCAUACACACCUACAGAUUCCCCCACACACUCACACACACAUACACAACACUCUUGAGGUGUUCGUCAUCGGUGCUGUAGUGCUGUUUAGCCUCAUUCACUGGUAACCUCGCGAGCACACAGUCCCUCUCACCUGUGGGGUUUGCAUGAGAAUGUAGCUGCCCCGUUCUAGAAUUCACGGCGGACCAGACAACACCAUGGGAGAAGCUCCAAAGGGCUUGCUCUCAGUUCUACAGAAACUGAAGGGGAGCACAGAGCAGGAGCUGAGGAUAGUUCUUCUGGGUUUGGACAAUGCUGGUAAAACCACCUUACUCAAGAGCCUCGCAUCUGAGGACGUCAGUACCAUUACACCCACACAGGGUUUCAACAUAAAGAGUGUGGCCUCUCAUGGAAUGAAACUGAAUGUCUGGGACAUCGGAGGGCAAAGAAAAAUCAGGACCUUCUGGAAAAAAUACCUAGAGAACACAGAUUUACUGAUCUACGUCAUAGAUAGUGCUGACAAAAAGCGAUUUGAGGAGACAGGACUGGAGCUAGCUGAGCUGAUCGAUGAGGAGAACCUGAAGGGAGUUCCAGUACUUAUCUUUGCCAACAAGCAGGACCUGGCCACUGCGUCCCCUGCCAGUGAGAUAGCUGAGGGGCUAAACCUGCACACGUACCGGGACCGGGUCUGGCAGAUCCAGGCCUGCUCGGCGGUGUCUGGAGAAGGAGUGCAGGAUGGCAUGAAUUGGAUCUGUAAUAACCUUGUCAAUCGGAAAAAAUGAGCCUGCUGAGUUGUUUAACGAGUUCUGGAGAAGAGAAGUUCAAACCCUCUAAUGCCCAGUCCUUAACAUGUGGUUAUCCUCCCUUGAUUUGCAUAUAACAUGAGCUAUUUACAUUUUGCACCAUGUAUUUGUGUAUGCGGGUUUUUUUUGUAUGUGUCAUCUUAGAACAACUUUCAACACCCAAUGAGAUGGUGGUUGUGAAUCUUAAAGGGAGCUUUGUAACUGAUUGAAGGGAAAAGGAAAAUGUUUGUAAAUGUAAAUGUAUUUGAAACAAACAUACAAUCCUCUUUCCCUUGACUGAGAAUGGUUCCUGCCAGUGUCUAACGUUAACCCAGGGCAGAGGAGGACGAAAAGCAGAAAGGAUCUCCGUUAGACCUUUCAUAUGUCUUUGUCAUUACUGUCUUCACAUAGAGGUAGAUGCAGUAGGCUACUGUAAUAAUGUACAGCAAGUGACUGGUCUUCUGUGGUGUAUUAAACUUUUGACAUUAUAAAAA